GUUAAGUGAAAAGAAAAAAAAAAAGGGUUUAAUGGUUUUCUUCUGUAAUUCGGACAUCUCAUUUAUGUUUUAGGGUCCUUAAAAACCUUAAAAUUUUCAAAUAUUUUCAUCUAUUUGAAAAUAAAGCGAGGGAAAGGCAAAGAAAGAGUAAGCUUUCCUAACUGAAGGCUUAACUACAGAGAAAAUACACAAAGUCUUUGGUUCUUGAAGUGAUUUGGUGUAUGUUUAUUGUUUACUAGUCUUUCCCUGCUUGUAGCAGCCUAGUGCCAAAUAUACAAGGUAGCCGAAGAGUUUCAAGUUUUCAACUGACGAAAGACUGUGCUCACCUGAAUCAGUUUUUAAGGAAAGAUGAAGCGCCAUCGUGGAAGCAAAAAAGGUAGUAAAGCAAAGAAGCCUCGGAUAACAGGUACAAGCGAGGGAGGAUCUAAUAAUGGUAGCAUGAAUACAGAAACUAGUUCUGGUACGGAAGAUAUUGACAAUGAUGGAGUUAACUCCGGCGUUGAGGCUGAGACACCUUCUUCUACCGGAACUGAUCAACCGGAAAAACCUGUGAUCACUAGUUCCAGUGUGCCAAGGGAUAAACCUGUAGCAGUUUAUGGGCGUAUGAAAGUAAAGAUCAAAACUUCAAAAACAUUAGACCCCCAGCUUACUUCUUCAGAAGUAGGUACUCAUAAUAGUGAUACUGAUAAAAGUAGCCAGCAAGCUGGUCCAGAAAAACAGGUUGUUUCUAAUGAGAAAAUGGAAGACAGUGCAAAUUCAUUGCCUGAGGCUAAUGUGACUACCCCCGGGAAUGUGCUAAAAAAAUCUGGAGGCAUAAAGAUUAAGUCUUCAAAAGGCUUUUCUUCAAGCAUGAGCCCUUGUAGUAAUGCUGAAAUGGUGAAGGAAGAGAGGAUAAAAAAACAAGAGCCUGAAUUACUUCGCCGUGAUUUGAGGUUAAACAAGCAGGAAUUAGACACUGCUUUGGAGGUUAUAAGAAAAAUCAUGAAAAUGGAUGCUGCAGAGCCCUUCAAUACUCCAGUUGAUCCUAUUUCUCUUGGAAUUCCUGAUUAUUUUGAUGUUAUAGAUACACCUAUGGAUUUCGGGACAAUAUGUAGUAAUCUGGAAAGUGGUGUCAAGUACAUGAACUCCGAGGAUGUCUAUAAGGAUGUGCAAUAUAUAUGGAAUAACUGCUACAAGUAUAAUAAUAAGGGUGAUUAUGUUAUGGAGCUCAUGAAGCGGGUGAAAAAGAACUUCGCAAAGUACUGGUCAGCAGCUGGCUUAUACAGUGAUCAUCUGCAAAGUGCCGAAAGCAGUCAAAUUAAGGACACUACACCUUCAAGUCAUGGAAAAGAACCUACAAAAAGUGGUUCUUUAACUCACAAAAACAACAAAAGGGCUCAAGGGCUCAAGAAGCACAAGGAAGGCUGCCUUUGUGCUAUAUGUGUGAUGAUACGGCGCAGGCAGGAGCGGGAGGAGAGCACUCGGCCGUUGGAUGACCAAGCUAGUGAUGAUUAUCCAGAUGAUACGAAGCCCGAGGAAACUUCACCUGGAGAAAGUCGAGAGUACACCUCAUCUAAUAUGGAGAAUUCACCAGAGCCAGAUGUUGACACCAUUAUGCAAGGAAAAGGAGCAGAGAGAAAGUUAACUGAAAAUCAGGAUGCUUUACAUGAGAAUCUAGGGGAAGGAACGGGGAGUGAAAUGGGAGUCCAAAGUAAAAGAAUGAGGGUCUCUUCUGAGAAUUUGCAGUCAGGUUAUGUAUCUGUAGAUGAGCAGAAAUCACAUCAUCAGAAGCAAAAUGUGGAGCCAGGUGGAGAUUUGCUGAAUGACAGUCAAAAAGAAAAUCUGCGGCAUGGGGAUGAAAAUGCUGCAAUUGGGCAACAGAGGCCAAAGGAAUUGCAAGACAAGCAUCAGAAAGCCAAGAUGUUGGAGAACUUGCGUUAUCUUGAAAAUCCGUCAGUUAUGGAGUUAUCACGAACCCUGUUUGCUGAUGAUAAAAGAUCUGUCUGGAAUGGACCACAUUCGCUAGUUAAGCGUAAGGGUUCUUCCCGCAAGAGCUCCAUUAAUGCAGCUGUUUCCAUGUUGAUGAAGCAGGGUGAUUCUUAAUCUUCUCAGAUGGUAUUGACCAAUGAAUAUGUGAUUCCGAAGUUUUGGAAAAGACCAAUACCAUUGCCUUUUCUUUUCUUAGAAGGGUCAUACUGUAGGUCGAGUUUUUUAUGAGGGUAAUAAACUCUCCCGUUAGCUUCUCUCUCUCUCUCCUCUUUUCUUUGUAAACGCAGGAAUUAGGACUACAACUGGCGAAGUGGAUGCUUUGUAGAUUGUCUGGCAUUUACUAUUCAGGAAUAAUGAUAUAACGCAUUUCAGUUCCAUAA